AUGCCACCACCACACAGCCAUUCAUCUAACCAGGGCCCCACACGUGUGAUCUACCUCGGAGGCCUUCCGUAUGACUACACUGAGCAGCAGGUGCUGGAGAUUGCGUCGUCAGUUGGGCCCGUGGUGCUGAUCAAGUUGAUCUUCGACAACAACACAGGCAAGUCCAAGGGCUACGCGUUUGUGGGAUACAGCGAAGUAGCGAUUGCCGAGUCGGCGGUGCGUAAUCUCUCGAAAAUGAAACUUGGAAACCGCAGCUUGAAGGUGGCCUUCGCUAACGAAGGGUCUUUGCUCGGAAACACUCCCCAGGGCAGACAAAACCAGUACCAGAUUCGGGAGAAUAAGUUGCCACCGUUGCCCUCAGGAACACACUUACCCGCCAAUAUGCUUCCAGCGGAUGCCAUCACCCAGACAUUGGGCACGUACACGGCGCCACGUCUUGCGACAUUGAUGCGUGAUGCGAAGCACAUGGCACAGCAAAACCCCGCCAUGAUGGAAAAAUUGUUACAGGAGAACCCCCAGCUAGGUUAUGCGUUGGUCCAGGUCGGCCUAUUGACCAACACGGUGUCGUCGGAGGUGGUGGCUGGCGUAGUUGCCGGGAGCGAACCGAAACCAGUGCCGAGCACCAGCGUGGAUGAGUUGAGCCCCGAGCAGAAAGAGGCGAUUACGGGGGUCUUGGCUUUGUCUGAAACCGAAAUAGCAGCCAUGGAUCCGGAGUAUCAGGGUGUAAUCCGCGAGUUGAGACGGACCUACCAGGGGGUAUUGUAA